AUGCAUUAUCAAAGUGUUGCAAGCUUGUUUUUUGUGGCUUAUGCGUGUGCGAACCCCUUAAGGGUCCGAAACGACACAGCUUCGGCUCCAACAGCUAGCAGUGCUAUCCCCAUGCCCACUGCUCCAGCCACCAAUAUUCCGUACGGUGUUCCCAUAAGAAGCUGCACCGUCAAAGGCACAUUUGCUCUCACCUUCGACGACGGCCCGUACCAAUUCACCAACCACGUUCUUGACCUUCUUGCUGAGGCAGGUGCUAAGGCUACGUUUUUUGUCAACGGCCAAAACCAUGCAAAUAUUUAUGACAACCAGGAUAUUGUUAAACGUAUCAUAUCCGACGGCCACCAGCUUGCAUCUCAUACCUGGAGGCAUCUUAAUCUUACUGGACAGGAUGACGAUAUUGUCAUUCCCGAGAUGACACGACUUGAGGAUGCGUUGAUUAAGAUUGUUGGAAAGUAUCCUACGUACAUGCGCCCUCCCUUCUUCGAAUGGACUGCGAAUACGCUAGAGACUCUCAAGUCUCUUGAGUAUCAUGUAAUUCACGCUGAUGUUGACUCGAUGGACUGGAAUAAUGCCUCUCCUGUUGGAAACAUGGCAAGUGUCGAUAUCUUCCAGAGCGAAGUCAACGCUGGCGGUUCACUUGCCCUGGCCCAUGACGUCUACGAGAAUACCGCGGUGAAACUUGUUCCUGAAUUUCUCCGUAUCGUCAAGGAAAAGAAUCUGAAACUUGUCAGUGUUGGUGAAUGUCUUGGCGACCCCGAGACAAAUUGGUACAAGACCAGACGAACCUUCACUCCAACCGCCACAGCUGCUUCCAAUCCUGUUUCCAUUACCAGUACCGCUGUUCCGACUGGCGUGACUGGUCCUGAUGGCAUUUGUGGAGGCGACAAGGGUUACAUAUGUAGCGCCGGUUAUUGCUGUGGCGGUGUUGGAUAUUGUGGGAGAACCGAGUCGUUUUGCGGAGAAGGCUGUAAUCCCCUCUUUGGUGAAUGUGGUAUAGUGCUAUGA